AUAAUCAUAAAACAUAAAAGGAACACUGGGGAGCACAUUGAAUUUAAGACAGUUAAUAUUAAAUAAAUCUAAAUGUUAUAAAUAAAAAAAUGGCAAAACUAACGUCAUAUAAUAAAUUGUGUCCUUUAAUUGAUCUACAAAAUUUACUUGGAGUUGAAAAAGAUGCUGACAAUGGAUGUGCUAUCGUUACCCUAGGCAGAAAAAUUGCAUUUCGUUACAAGCUCCAAGAUUUUAAACAAUUGAGCAGUUGGUCAACAACAGAACGUUUUACAACUCAAGUUAUAUAUGAAAGUAAAACAAAUAGAUAUGCAGCAGUAUUUAAUGAAAGUCAAAUAAAAGUAUGGACUGAACAAGAUGCAAAACUUGAUGCUAUAAAAUCUAAAAAAUUUAAUCAUCCAUUUAAUACAUUAUUAUCAUGUGAUAAUGGUACAAUAAUUGUUGUAAGAUAUGAUGGUGCAACAGCAUCAUUACAAUGGGCACUUGAUAAUCGUAAAACAUGGAAAGACAUUGGUUUUUUAAAGCCAAAUGAAAAAUUAAGUGAUUGUCGUUUAAUAACAAUUAAAAGCAAAACGUAUCUUUGUGGUUUAAUACGUACUGAUACAACAUGUAGUUAUGUUACAAUUGGUUUACAUGAUGAUACAUAUUUAAUUGAUUAUGAAACAAUUAAAAAAAUUGAAUUAAAACGUAUAUCUGAACAACUUGUUGGACAUGUUGUUAUUGAAAAUAAUAAUAAUGCAUAUUUAUUAACAUUAUGGUCACAUGGUAGAUUAUACAGUUAUCAAUUAAUUGAUAAAACAAAUGAUAAAACACCUGGUAUGUUGAUUAGUGUAUUUUCAUCAAUAAGUACUAAAAAUCAAGUAUUAAUGGUAGCACUUAAUGAAACAACAAUUGCUGCAUAUGGUGCAAAUGUACAUGAAGAAGGUGCUGUAUUAUUAAUUUAUAAUAUAACAUUUAAAUUUGUUCAAGCUAUUGAAAAUUUAAAAUUAUAUAUUAAAGAUGCUAAAUUAUGGCGUAUUGAUGAUAAAUUAUUACUUGCUGAAAAUCAACAUUUACGUUUAGCUUCUUAUUGUUUAGCAUCACAACGUAUUGAAACAAUGCUUGGUUCAUCAUUGAGAUUUAAAAAUGAUGAAAAAAAACAGGAACAUGAUAGUGAUAUUAUUGAAAUACAAGAAACAAUAUUAGCUAAUUGGCAAGAUACAAAAAAUAUCAUACCAAAACAAUUGUCAAUGAUUGGUGUGCCUAAAAAAAUUGCAAAACAAAUUAAUAUUUAUUUAAAUGAGGGUAUUUGUGAUGCUGUUAUACAAAAAACAAUAAUACCUGAAUUAAUUAAAGUUAAAGAUAUAUCAACAAUAUUAUGGUGUUUAGAUAAUUUAAAAGAUCAGCCAGAAAAAAUUAUUGCUGAUUUAUUAUCAUUUUCAUUGAGAACAUCUGAUGAUACAUUUAAACAAAUUAAACAACAACAACAACCACAACAAAAUGGUACACCAAAUAAAAAAAAUAAAUCAAUAACAAGAAAUGAUUUUCUUGAUAAAUUAUUUAAAACAAAUUUUUAUGAUUUAUCAUUAUUAAAUUAUUUAAAAUCUGAAUUAACAUUUAAUGAAGUAUUGAGACUUAUGAAUUAUAUUAUUGAUAAAUUUAAUAAUCAACAUGAUACAUGUCAAUUUGGACCAAAUGAUAAACAACUUUAUGAAUGGGCAAGUCUUUUAUUGGAUUCACAUUAUCAACAUUAUUUAUUAUCACAAGAUCCAGCUGUAUUGAGUAUGCUAAAUAAAAUGGAAGAAAUAUUAUGUGAUCAUCAUCAAUUAUUGAAAGACAUUGAAGAUCUACGACCAAUGUUUUAUAGAUUAUCAAAUGGUAAACCUGUCAAGUUAUCAAGCACAGAUUUCAACAAAUUUUAUUCGAUAGAAGAAAUUCAACUGUGCUAAUUAAAAUAUUAUUAAUUAUAUUUUCAUUUGUUUUUUUUUUUUUCUUUUUCAUCGACAUAUUAUUAAGUUGAAAUAAUUUCAUUUCUUGUAUACAAUUUUAAUAAAAAUAAACAAAAAAAAAAGCGUCAA